AUGGCAAGCUCACCCUCCUCCCACGACAUCAACUCCUGUGUCCUGUUCCUGGAAGGAGCAAAAGCUUCCGCCCUGGUAUCUGAUGUGCUGAACGCGGCACUCGGCUUGGUUAGGAUGCCGCAAAGCCCUGGUUCGUUGGGACAAUCCUCCCGCUGCACACGCCACAGCUGGGUGAAGGGCAAGAUGCAUGCAACUUACCCGUAUCGGCACUUGUGUAUCCAGUGUACUGCAGCGCUCUCACCGUUGAUGAGUGGCGUCCGGAAACGAAGGUGA